CGGUGACGUUUGUUACGUUACGUUUCCAUGGUGACAUGCCCGACGUCUUCAGUCCACUGGCCACUUCGUCCAGGUGAUAAACACUCUUCAUCACGAAGAAGAGAGCCAGAGGCAUGCAGGUGAGGAUCAAAACAAAUAUAGCAAACAGCAGCAAAACGAGAUUGUCCAGCGAGAACAACAGGCAGCUCCAGCUCAACUAUGCUAACACCAGUUAGCAAACUUAGCUCUGUCUCUGUGUACAAUUCCAGAUUUUUUCACCCCAUCAACCGCAUUUUUCAUUGUUUGGUUAUAUCGGCAUGAGCUUCGAGUUACCGUGAAAUGUACAGCAUACACCCUGAGCUGCGAUACGUCAUAUUUCUCGUAAGUAUGAUGAGUAUUUUCUUACCUGUAGCAGCUGUUUGUCUGAGUGAUAUUUUCUUGCAGGACAAUUGGAAUUUUCUUCUUCUGUGGUGCCGGGACACCGCAGCUCCGCGCGCCACAUUGCCACCUACAGGCGAACAUUUGACACUAAACAGGAAGUGCAGGAAGCUGCACGUUUGUUUACAGUAGUGCAAUCCAGUGAGACGUUUUGCUGAAUUACAAAUAAGUACAAUUUAUUGGCAAAGUAUCAAACAGCUUCAAAUCGUGAUCUGAAUAACUGAGCUGGCUGCAUUUAAAUGGACGGUGGAAGAGGAGGAAGAGGAGGGAGAAGAAAGAGAGGAUGUCGUGGUGAAGAGGACAGAGAUGUCCGCCUGUCUAAAGCCAUGUCUUAUGCUCUUCGCCAUGGAGCCAACCAGAUGGGUCUUCAAAUGGGUACAGAUGGCCUCAUGUUUGUGGAGGAACUCUUGGCUCACCCGCAGUUCCGCUCCUACUCAUUGGAAGAUGUCGAAAGAGUCGUGGCCACCAAUGAAAAGCAGCGCUUUAAGCUUUGCCCCCACCUGGAGGAUGGCCGCCUGCAGAUUCGAGCCAGUCAGGGCCAUUCAUUACAGGUAACGGAUUUGGAGCUGAAACCGGUCCUGGCUGGUUCUCCAGACUGCCCUGCUGAGGCCGUCCAUGGCUCCUACCUCCGCAACUGGAGCUCCAUCCAGCAGCAGGGCCUGAGCCGCAUGAGGAGGACACACAUCCACCUGGCACCGGGCCUGCCAGGGGAGGAAGGCGUCAUCAGCGGCAUGAGGAAAGACUGUGAUCUCGCUGUGUAUAUUGAUGUCUCCAAAGCUCUCGCUGACGGCAUUGAGUUCUUCUGGUCAGAUAACGGUGUGUUGAUGACUGCAGGUGACGCGGAGGGAAAACUUCUCCCUAAAUACUUUAGCCGAGCCUUAAAACUGAGACCUACAAUGAGCAUCCUACCACUGCAGUAGCAUCAGAGGAUACUGCUGAGUCAUUGGUCAUAGCAGGACUCAUCUGACUGUGCUAGCAUCCCAUGGUUGGUUGAUGCUUAUCCUAGGUCCCUUUGUAUCAUCCGAAAUGGGACUAAAUUGCUAAACUUUUCAUUUUUGUGUCAUUAUUGAAAGCAUCAGGACGGCUUUAAGGAGGUAUAUUUUAUUUUAUAUGACAAAUCAAUCAAUUUAUGCUGGCAAUAUAUGUAUAAGUAUAGAGGCUUUUUUUCCCCUCCUUUGUAUUCUAAGUGCUAAAUAAACUAUGGCAGACAUUGACAACCAAGAUAAUUUCACCAUAAGUUGUAAAAUAUAUAACUCUUGUUGCAAACAGACUGCUAGCAACAACCGGCUGGGCCUUUAAAUGUCGUUUGAAGACGUACUGUGUGUGUGGAUAGUCACUUGACUGAUAUAGGAAUGCAGAGGAUACAGACACUGUGGUUUUAGUUAACGGAUUACUGUAACUGUUAACUGUAAGAUAUGGACACACACACCCACACCCCCACACCCACACACCCACACACACACACACACACCCACAACCCACACCCACACACACACACACACAGCAUGUGAGGGGAGAUAAAUGGUUAGAAGCUUCCUGGUAAGGAAAUAACAGAAAUUACCACCACAUAUCACGAACCAUAAGGAGUGAAAAAAACACAGGAUGAAAAGUGAAUUGCUGUAUUUAUUUUAAUAAAUGUUUGUUAUCUAUACGUUUAUUUGCGUUUUUCUACUAUUUGCUGUUGAUUCUUGGCUGUGAUAAUGUGGCUGCUGGCAAUAAGUCUGCAGCUCUGGACAAAGCAAAGCUUUUUAUCCUGUGCGACAGCAAGUCCACAUGCAGUGAAGCGAAACAGAAAAGUUGGUGCUGGCUGAUGCAACUGUCGAUUUUACGUUGCCAUGAGUUUGAGUUUCAAGCCUGCUGAUCCAGGACCUGAGGUCCAGCAGUGUGGCCCAGCAGCGGUCCAUCCUGAAGGAAAGGGGAAGUCAGCAUGAGGACCACCGGAGUCUUGAACUGUCUGACCAUGUUAUCCACCCACUGAUAGAUUAUGAGAGGGUGUGUGUGUGUGUGUGUGUGUAACAAAGACUAUAUAAAAACUUGGAUAGACUGACCAGGUCGGUUGUAACACAUUUACACAAGUAACGGAUUCUCUCAUUUUUUUCAUUUGUUCUGCAGUUGUGAUGUUUUUGCCGUAGCCUGAAUGGAACGUAAAAUCCAAUUCCACGUUUUUCCACAGUUGAGACACACCAGGAGAUCUGAUGUGGGUUUUUUUCUUUUGUGAUUGUGUGUUUUAGUCUCAGAGAGCAUCAUGGCCACCGGUCAGCUUGUGGAAGAGCUCCUCAUUGAGCGUGUCGCUCUUUGCACGACUGCGUGUCGACAUGAAAAUGUAGCCUCCGAUAAACUCAUGAACGAUUUUGCAGUCGGCAGUCACGCAGGCAAAAGCAAUGUUGAUGUUGCCUUCAAACUCUAUGGCCACCUGGAGGAAACACAGCAAUAGAAGAGCAGAUAUGAGAUUCCUUUGAGAUAAAAGGUACAUUAGGGUUUCCUUUUAAAGAUCAGCUCUGCACUGUAAGAACUGUAACACUUUAUGGUAGGUCACUCUUGUACAUCGGCAGCCUGGUUUGAGGAAUACUUUGUGCAUAGCUGGAGGUCAUGCUUUUUGAUUUCCAAAGUUUUACCUUUCCUGAAUUCACCUGUUUUGACCUUGUGUUAAGUUUUAACAAAUGUUUUGUAAGAUAUCCUUAUAAGCAGAAGAAACACGCCUGGGAAACCUUAGCUAAAAAAAGAACUAAAGAAACUUUGUACGGCCUCUUAAGCUAAUUCACAAAUUCCUAGAAACAAAUGUUUAGACCUUGCAGACUGCUCGCUCAGACAGAAGUAUUGUUGUCACCUGUCGUAUGUCCCAGUUGACGUUCCACUGCUUCAUGUUGUUGUAGCGCCAGGUCUUAACCACGUCACCCACGGCCAGGUCGAUGCGGAUCAGACGGUUGGGAGCAAUGCCCAGUACCUCGUCUUUUCGACUGCCCUUAAACCUGUUGGGCAAAAACAUCUUCAGCUUCUUUCCUCUAAAGACGAAAGACAAACUUUAAUCCUUAAAAACUUUGUGACACUGACUUGAGUGCUUUCUGGAUCAGAGUUAUGUCUGACUGGGACUUGUCUUGUGGACUGGGACUAGAACAGCUACGGUUUUUUGAUAGGAACUCAAAACAUUUUUUAAAAA